AUGAGUGCUACCAUUGAGGCUGAAGUUUUGCAGGCGCUUAAGACACUACAAAAACACAACUUCAGGGUAUCUCGUCAUCGCGGUAACGUGGAGUCUGAGGCUGCCUUAAAAAAAGAAGCUGGGUUGACGGACAGCAGUGUUGCAGACGAGUUUUUGGAGUUCAAGGCGGACUCACCUGAUGACCCUCAAUCUUUCGCUUUUGCCUACGAGCAGGUCUUGAGCUUUAUCGAUGGAUGUACUUACCAGCACAGGCUUGAACUAUCGGGUCUUCUCUAUCCUAUAUUUGUUCAACUUUACAUGCGUCUCGUAAGUGGAAAUUAUCCCAAUGAAGGUACUUGUGUGUUGCUAUUGUCGAAAUUAGUUUUAGCUGCAGAAUUAAUGACGAAAUAUAGGCGGUUUCAGGAGGAUUUUUAUCAGGAAGACAUACAGGCUCUUGCUAGCAUUACCGAGCCGAAUCAUCUAUUUACAAACCCAAUAGUUGAGACGUUUCGAGGAUCGGACUUUUCUAUUAGUAUUGCUUCGCUAUCAUUUGCUUUAUUUCGUCGUUUUAUUCGCGAAAAGGGGCUUGCUGUGAUUCAAAGCAUUAUUAAGGAUCAGCUGCAUAUUGAAGUUGUUGAUGGACCUCCACGAUCGAAAAUUCAACUAUGCUGUCGUCGGGGAGCGAUUUUCGGGGAGUCGCGACGCGAUGCUAACUCAGAGGUUGUAUUCUACGGUCUCUUAAAGGAUCCUAACGUUGAAUUGGACCCAUCGGAAGUGAGCGACGCAAUGACUGGCACUCAAGAUGUCGAUUCCGAAUUAACUCCUAAGAAGAAAAAGAAAAAAGAAAACAAUUCAUUUGGUCAUAAGCCUUCAAAGUACGAUGAUUCAAAGACACACUCAAAAUCACCUGCACUCGACAGAAUUCCCAUCCCCAGGAUAUCUGAUACCUACUUGGAUCAGCAGAGAACACUUCGCCAAGAGACGGCGCAGAUUCUGCGGAGUCUUUUGCAAAGGGAAUCUAACCCGCGUCCCUCAGCCCUCCUUUAUACAGUGUGCAAUGCACAACCGGGCGAGUCGGCGCUGGCUAUCCGGCGUGGCGGUGUGUCUUGCAUGACUUUUUCAGAGGACCUCGGUAUGCUAGCAGCAGGGUUGGGCUCCGGUCGGAUUCGCAUAUGGGCCCUUGGUGCGGAGUCGCUGCGUCAAAUGCUUCCACCAGACAAAUUGGAAGCCCUCGAUAUGAACGAUGCUAGAAUAAAGAGCAAGAUGCUUCACGAUGGAAACGGUGAAGCUCAGCCGUCCCGUGAUCUAAUUGGCCAUCAAUUGACGGUUCAUGGAGUGGCUUUUUCGCCCGAUGGUCAAUUAAUCGCCUCCACAAGUGCAGACGGGUCGCUGCGUCUAUGGUCUACUACUAUUUGGGGAGGCGCCCUCUCCGUAUGGCGUGACCACGUUCUGCCUAUCUGGUGUGUGGAUUGGGCUCCAGCUUAUGGGCACUAUAUAGUCACAGGCAGCUCAGAUCGGACUGCUCGGCUAUACGCCUGUGAUCACGCACCCCAACCACUCCGCAUUUUCACUGGUCACAAGGCUGAUGUGACUGCGGUCGCGUUUCAUCCAAACAUCAAUUAUCUGGGCACCGGUAGUGCGGACAGGGCCGUUCGACUAUUCGAUGUCCGCUCCGGAAAGGGCGUGCGGCUAUACACUGGUCACAAAGGCUCCGUACAGUGCUUGACCUUCUCGCCUUGCGGUCGAUACCUUGCAUCAGGUGGUUGGUGUGGGGCUACAUGCCUGUGGGAUCUUGGGAGCGGAGCACAGAUUGGUCAGCUUGGGGGCUACAGCUCUACAUCUGGUUGUUCCAAAAAUGCUGUCACUGCGGUUACCGGCUCUGCUGGUGAGGCCGCGACUGAUCAACUGCUUACGGCGCCAGUGGUGAGCCUCACUUUCUGUCCUGAUGGCGGCCGCUUGGCCACGGGGGGCCUAGAGGGAGCGCUAAGGAUAUGGAAUGUGGGCAUGAGUGGGGUGGCGCGGGGGACGGUGGAGAACGAAAGUGCCACCUCCCUCCUCAGCGUGCACAGUGCGUCGCGAGACGACUCGCGCGCCAGUGGCGGCGCUGUCGGGCGGGGGGAGGAGGCUGAUCCCUACUAUGGUGUGGUUGGCGGUUACGAAGUCUCGCGCACCUGUCUCCAAGAUGCUUUCUUCACGCGCAAGACUGCCGUCUUGGCUGUGCGGUUUGCGCAUCCUUAUCUCCUUCUAGCAGCUGGGCCUUAUAAUCAAGUUUAG